AUGCAGGGAGACGAACCGAUCUCGGAAACCGUCGAGGAUGAGGGUUCAAGUCUCACCCUCGAUAACUCGGCGCCCGAAGGGUCUAACGACGAUGAUCGACUAAUUACUCAAGUAACCCAACAUUUGCGAAGCAUUCAAACCCAAGCCAGCAAAGAUCAUGCCAAUGCUAUACACGAAGCCAAAACCGAGGACAUAGAAGCUUAUGCCAAAAUAUCCGCACACGAUUGGACAUAUUAUAUCAAGUCGCUGUCUAUCAAUAUCGGUAGAACUUCCGAACCUUCCCAUGCCCACCCCCCUCGACAAGAGCGCGAGAAUGAAGAGUUUGUUCAUAUCGAUCUUGGCCCCUCCAAGACAUUCUCACGCCAGACGGCUGUCAUUUAUUACGACUCGGACCCUGGAAGAUGGUUUAUUCAGGCGAAGGGACGCAAUGGCAUCAAGGUCAACAACAUCCCUAUGAAGAAAACGGAUACACCACAUCCGCUCUCCAGCGGCGAGGUUGUUGAGAUUGGUGGUAUCGAGAUGAUGUUCGUUCUACCUGCCAGCCUAGGACCCCUCGAUAUACACCCUAUGUAUCUCGAACAAGCUGGUAUCAAACCUUCGCAGUCGACCCCUGCGCGCGAAACAGGACGGACAGCUCUUCCUACGGCACCUCCGGCAGAUCAUCCAUCUUCGCAGCCCGCACGGCCUUCUUCCUCCCGCGGCCAGCUCUUCCAGCAACCAAUCGCGCCCGCACCCCCCAAUUACACACGGCCAGGCACACCACCCUCAGCCCGGAGUCGCCCUACUACUUCUCAACAGAAGACACCUGCGCAAGGCUCUUCCGGUACGGUGAUAAUGAGUCAAAGUGAUGUAGACCUAAGCAAAGAUGAAAACAAGCACAUCAAGCCUCAUUUCAGCUAUGCUCAAAUGAUCACGCAGGCGAUCAUGAGCACGUCGGAAGAGAAGUUAAACCUUGCCGGCAUUUAUCAGUACAUUACGAAGAAUUAUGCUUAUUAUCGACACCAACCUCCUUCCGGGUGGCAGAAUUCAAUAAGACACAAUUUGUCAUUGAAUAAGUCCUUUAUGAAAGCACCUCGAACCACGGACGAGCCAGGUAAAGGUAUGAAGUGGGAGAUUGUUCCCGAGGCGCGCGAAGAAAUGAUCCGCGUUGCGUACAAGGGCGGCCGUGGUGGACAUCGAGGUUCUUCUGCGCCCUCGUCUCCCAGUCAGCCUAGCCAGCUGAGUUACAUCACUCAUGGACCUAGAGAGAUCACGAACCGAGAGCCGGCAUCGACCCGAAAGCGCAAGGCUUCCCCACUCGCAUCGCCACCCCCGAAGUCAUCUUUCAACCUGUCCCAGGUUACACCAGAUCGCAAGUAUUUACCGACAGGGCCGGCGAGCUUCCAAGAUGGAAGCCCCCUUCCGCGCCGGCGGGCCUUAGACGGCUCCAUCUCUUUUGAUGCAGCGCAGGCGCUUCCACAAUCACCUCCAACUCUCUCUUCUUCUUUUCUUCAGGAUGAGAGUGCCUCCUUCGUCACCCCAGCGCCUCACCGCGUCCACCCUAGACUUGCGCCUCCCAGUACCGCCCAACGGCCCAGCCAGCACAUGCCAACCAGUUCACCGGCCCCUUUCUGGAAGUAUGCCGACAUCGGUAGCACGCCCCUGAAGCCCCCGCAGUUUGACGUCAGUCCUUCGAAGCCCAUGCGCCGUUUGACAAAUAGCAGCAGCCCCCCUCCCGCCGCAGGUGAUGGGUCACCGGUUGCCAGUCCUAGCAGAUCGACACGAUCAGCCCGCACGGAGACCCAAGACAGAGAGAAAACUGCUGCGCCGGAAGAUGAAGAAGGUGAAGGUGAAGGGGAGGGCGAAGGAGAAGGUGGUUUCGACCUUACUAAAGGCUUCCAGAGCAUCGGCUCUUACCACGCCAAUCUUCACUUCGGUGGUGGUCUUGGACCCCGUGCAAACGGUAGACGGGCCUAA